CAGCGAAGCAAGAAUCUGUUCACACGGCACAGGCUGCUUCAGAGAUUUCUUGUGCCGCUCAUUCAAGAGCAACUGUGAAAAAGAACGGUCUCCUGCCACAAGGGCCCACGCCUACCCCAAGCACUCCCACCCAUCACAUGGGUAGAAUGACUUCCUCCACCAAGGCACAGCUACAUUUUCUACUAUGCCAACUGCUCCACUCGAGGGACUGCAGCCCCAGGAAAGAAUUUCUACGGCUCUGUUGGAUCGCACAAGACGACACGGAGGCGCUGAGCCGGAGAGAAUGCGAACACCUUCAAAGACAGUGCGGCUACAUUGAGUGGCUAAUAAACGUCGACGGCAUGACGCAGCUCAACGAACCACGAGUGUCCACUCCAGAAAGCUGCAGCGAAGACCAAGAAGACCGCGUGUCCACCUGCCCACCGCCAUCUGUCGAAACGUCCGUUCUGGCGUUCGACGCAUCUACCAAGACGGAUACUUCGCUGCCGUUCAACGUGUACCUGGUGCUCUCGCUAAGCCCGAUGCCUUGGAAGUCAGGUCGCACGCCGUCGCCCGUGCAUGCUCCACGAAGGUGUCGCGGCCCUCUCAAACUAGUGAGCGAGAUCGCGCGAUCGACCUCGAGGCACUGGAAUCCGUCUCCGAUGCUCUGGUACUACAUCUGGGACCAGCAGCAACAGCGCAGCAAAGGCACUGGGGCAGCGCUGCGUCCGCGUCGUGUGCAACAGUGGCUGCAAGACCGCGUGAACCGCUGCGAUCUUGCGAGCGUUAUUGCUGGCGUCCAAAUUGUCCGGUAGAACUGUGUCAGUGAACCACGCAGGUUUUGCACUCGGGACGGCCUAGUAAGCUCGCGGACAGACGCCCCACCCUUCAUCUUUGAAACCUACACUAUCUGCUCAACUUUCGGGAUAUGUGCGCUUCAUAAUAAACAACUCAUAGAGCA